CAAAAUAAUGUUGUAAUUCGGAAAUAGUUUUUUUUUUUAAAUAUAUUUUUUUAUUAGAUAUGUGGUCUUAUGAUUUUGAGACGAAAUAUGACCCAGACGUGCUCUUAACAGGCUUUGUGAGCUUCACCCACCUAUAGUCUAGAAGAUUAGUGUAUAUUUAUGCAUGAGAAAAAUGAGAGAAUCCGAAUCCUCUAGCAGAGGCUGAGCGUCGAAUGUGCGCAUGCGCGCUGCUGACUCGCCGUAAUCCUCGCUGUGCUGAAGAGAAACAGGAUGAAUUAAGGACCGAAUCAAAUAAAUAGCCGCAGCAUAUGCAUGCACAUCAGACUGCGCUUUAGACGCACGCAUGCUGUCAUCAUGAGUCCCGCGAGGAGAUGCAUGAAAGCACCGCUGCAGUUUGGCUGCUGUGUGUGUUUAUGCGGUGCGCGACAGCAGCAGCAGCAUCAUCAUCAUCCGCUCCAGCCGAAUCAUAAGUGACCGAACCGGCACACGGAACCGCGCGGGACCCCAACCGCACCGAACAUCCCCGGACGGGAGCGUUUCAGCCGCAUGGAUCUGCUUAUAUCAUCCAUCCCGAUCCUUUUGACGCUCGACCGCAGCUGAGACCCACAUCGGACCGGAGAACCGGCGGAACCGGAGCGCUCAUGUCCUCACCGGGCCCGAGACCACUGCACCUCAUCCGAGCCUCUCUGCGCCGUUAAAUAUUCAUAGUCACGAUCUGAGUGUCAAACUUGAUACUCCGGUGUCUGGAGAGACAGAUGAGAACCUUCACAGCCAUUGCUGUCACGUUAUGAACAUCUGCAUGAGCUUUAGAUGAGACUCGGAUGAGAUGAGCAGCUGGAUCUGUGCAAGCAGGACGAGAUUCACUGCAGCACCUGCAGUCUGACCCGCUGAGGGCCUCCACUGGGCUGGAUGAAAUGUGACGCAUCGUAAUCCCAGUGACAGCUGCGGAAAGAUGAGCCACAGACAGACAGGGAGUGAGAGAGAGACAGGCAGCGAACAUGAUUAGAGGGACUGCGCCGUGACUCAAGCAGACGCAUAGAAAAACAAGACGGGAAUGGAGACUGGAAACUUUCUCGCUGCGUCAAAGUUCCUCUUUUAAUCCCGUAAACGGGGUGUUUUCGUCUCAAGUGCUUCAGUAAUGUGUUGUACCGCCAUCCCCAAAGUGUCGUCCUUCCUCUCAGGUGAGGUUACGGCAGGUUAAACGCCACCUGAGGCCCGUUGAGCCGAAGGGCCCACGGCCCUCGUGGAUCCUGUGAACGUUUUUAGACUCGCGUGAUCACAGUCACUUCCUGAUGUUGAUCUCUGGCAGACUAGAGGAGAUGUCUGACUUUCGGAACUGAGCCUAAGAAGCGUUGACCUUUGUGUUCGAGUGUAUUUAUGUGCAUGAAAGACAAACAGAGGGACGCAGCGUGUGUGUUUAUAAGUUGCUCGUGGCGAUGGGGAGUUCUGCGUCGUCUCUGACCACGGACAGGGAAUCAGAUCACGGGUUCGGUACGGCUUCGUUCCCGCCGGCCGCUCCGAUGGGCUGGCUCAGGACCAGCCACAGCAGUCCGGUGUGGGGAACCACUUUCAUCACACGCCAGCAGCAGCAACAGCAGCCUAUCCCACAUAGAGAACGCAGUCACUCUCAUUCUCCUGGUUCGAUGGCAGCCGUUGUGAGAAAUUCUGAUUGGUCAUGCGGGCGCUGCACGUUUCUUAACUCCAGCGGCUCUUUGCGCUGCUCUAUUUGUGAAGCUCCUCGGCAGAAGCCGGAUUUGAACCAUAUUUUGCGCCUCAGCAGCGCUGAGGAACCUCGCUGGUCCUGCCCGCGCUGUACCCUAACCAAUCACCAUGGAUUAGGUUCGUGUUCUGUGUGCGGAGCAGCUCCGGUUACGCCCAACGGACCCCUCCCACCCAAGCAGCCCCCGCCCACUCCAGUAGAGUCCGCCUCCAGCCCUGAAGCCAAAGGUCAGGUAGCCAAUGGGGAGUCCCGGUGCGCGGAACCCAACGGGGAGGUGUCUGUAGGAGGGGAGGGGUCAUCAGAGUGGGCGUGUCCUCGCUGUACUUUAGUGAAUACUCCAGUGGCGUUAUCGUGCUCAGCAUGUGGCGGUCCAAGGAAACUCUCUUUACCGAAAAUCCCUCCUGAAGCGCUAGUGGUUCCGGAAGUGCGCACACCUGUGGCAGGGUUUCCCACGCAAACGGCAGGAGCGUCCGCGCCGCUUCUCAUUGAUCUAACUGAAGAUUCUCCACCCCAAGCACCUUCUGAGACUCCGUCUCCACCCCCUGUCCCGUUUCUGCCUCCUUCCCUGUCGUCGCUUCAAAAUAACCCCGUGCCUCGCAGCAGAAGGGAAGUCCCGCCCCCUGGGCGGCCUCCAAAUCCCGCCCCCUCGCCGACAUCGCCCUCAACCUGCCCGCCUACCAAAACCAAGCCCCUCCCAUCAUCAGACAACUACCCAAUCAAGCGCCUCAGCGUGCUGGAGGAGGAGGAGCCUAACAACCCUGCACCUCCAGUCACGUCUCCGCCCUCUUGGAAGUGCCCCGGAUGCUCCGCCCCCACAGCGCCCCCCUCAUCAUCUGCCGGGCGCUGUGAUGCAUGUCGAGGGUCAAGGCCGGGUUCGUGCACCGACGUCAUCGACGUACUAGGCGAGUCGGUGCGAUUCACACCAGCCUCGCCAUCUAGUCCAGACUUCAGCUCGUGGGCGUGUUCCAAAUGUACGUUGCGCAACCCGACGGGCGCGGGCCACUGCACGGCCUGCGGAUCAUCCAAACUGCACGGUUUCUCCGAGCCAUCCAAUUGCUCGUCGUGUUCUCGGAAACAACCGCACUCCCACACGCGUGCCUUUACUUCCGCCUCCUCUUCCUCCGUCGCGUCCCCGUCGGCGCAGGACAAGAGCGCCUGUCAGUGGACGUGUCCUGCCUGCACACUGUUGAACGAAGUAAGGAUGAAGCAUUGCGCGGCAUGUCACACCCCGCAGCAGUACCUGAAUCAACGGAAAAUCGGGAAGCCGCUCAAACGCCGGGAGAGCAUGCAUGUGGAGGCUCGUAGACGCACGGAUGAGGGAGAGGCCAAGGAAUUGUGGGAAAAUAUCGUCAGCUUCUGUAGAGAGAACGCAGUGAACUUCGUGGACGACAGUUUCCCUCCCGGUCCGCGUUCGGUCGGGUUCCCCGAGAAUGACAGCGUCCAGCAGCGAAUCAAAAAGUGGCUCCGCCCUCACGAGAUUAACUGCAAUAACUUUAAGGAUCGUGGCGUGAAGUGGUCCGUGUUCAGGACACCCCGCCCCUCAGACAUACUGCAAGGCCUUCUGGGAAACUGCUGGUUUUUAAGCGCUCUGGCGGUGCUAGCGGAGCGACCAGAACUGGUGGAGCGUGUGAUGAUCACCAGAACCAUAUGUCAGGAGGGAGCGUAUCAGGUACGGCUCUGUAAAGACGGGACGUGGACGACGGUUCUGGUGGAUGACAUGCUGCCCUGCGACGAAUACGGAUUUCUGCUCUUCUCACAGGCUCAGCGGAGGCAGCUGUGGGUGGCGCUGAUAGAAAAGGCUCUGGCGAAGCUGCACGGCUCGUAUUUUGCGCUGCAGGCCGGUCGUGCCAUCGAGGGUUUGGCGACGCUCACUGGCGCCCCCUGUGAAAGUCUGAUGCUGCAGGUCAGCUCGACCAACCCACGGGAAGAGCCGAUCGACACGGACCUCAUAUGGGCCAAAAUGCUCAGCUCCAAAGAGGCGGGCUUUCUGAUGGGGGCGUCCUGUGGUGGCGGCAACAUGAAGGUGGAUGAUGCUGUAUAUGAAUCUCUGGGGCUUCGUCCACGACACGCCUACUCCAUACUGGACGUCAGGGAUGUUCAGGGCUACAGGCUGCUGAGAUUGAGGAACCCCUGGGGCCGCUUCUCCUGGAACGGCUCGUGGUCGGACGAGUGGGCCGACUGGCCGCAGCACCUGCGUCACGAACUCAUGGCUCACGGCAGCAGCGAAGGCGUGUUCUGGAUGGAAUAUGGAGACUUCAUUAAGUACUUUGAUUCGGUGGAUAUCUGCAAGAUUCAUCCUGAUUGGCAGGAGGUUCGUCUGCAGGGCUGCUUCCCCUGCCGGGCGAGUAAACCGGUGACUGUAACCGCCCUGACGGUCCUGGAGAGAACCGCGCUGGAGUUCGCCCUCUUCCAGGAGGGCAGCAGGCGUUCUGACACGGCCGACAGCCACCUGUUGGAUCUGUGCAUUAUGGUCUUCCGGGCCUCGUUCGGGAACGGGAAUAAGCUGGUCCUGGGCCGUCUGCUGGCACACAGCAAGCGUGCGGUGAAGAAGUUCGUAGGAUGUGACGUGAUGCUGGAGCCGGGAGAGUACGCGGUGGUCUGCUGUGCUUUCAACCACUGGCAGAUGGACCUGACGGGCACUUCAACACCAGUCUCCAGCCCCACAAAUGCUCGCAGACCCAGUCAGGAUUUCCCAGGGUACAUUUUGGCCAUUUACAGCUCCAGACAGGUGAUGGUGGAGCAGGUGGAGGCCACGUCCACCACACUCGCCGAUGCCAUCAUCCUGCUGACGGAGAACAAGGGAGAGAGACAUGAGGGUCGGGAAGGAAUGACAUGUUAUUACCUGACUCACGGGUGGGCGGGGCUCAUCGUCGUCGUGGAGAACCGUCACCCGAAGUACUACCUCCAUGUGUCAUGUGACUGUACUGACAGCUUCAAUGUGGUGUCGACCCGCGGCAGCCUGAAAACCAUCGACAGCGUGCCGCCCCUGCACAGGCAGGUACUGGUGGUCCUGUCCCAGCUGGAGGGAAACGCUGGAUUUUCCAUCACGCACAGACUGGCCCAUAGGAAAGCAGCGCAGGCGUCUCUGGGCGAUUGGACGUCUAGUAAAGCCACACACUCGCCCCAGCUCACACCAGACACUGACGGACUGCACAGACCGCGGCCGCUUUGACACACGCUUACACACGCACACACACACACACAUAGACACACUGUCCCAUCAUGAAACGACAUAGAUGAGUUCAGACCCGUGAUGAUGAUGAACGGACACGCAGGCACUGAGAGGGUCUGGGUGGAACUACUGAGCCAAUCACACGUCUGCUCGCUGAGCCAAGACCCGCCCACUGCAAACACACUCGCUCUGCGCAAGCACACGUGUGUCACGAUGAGCUGCACUCACAUCCCAUCCUGGAGUCCACCGUACGUCUUCUGUCAUCGGACUUUUCAGUUUCUUUACAUGCAUUUAUUCAGACGGCCAAUCUCACCAAAAUAUUUCACACGGCUCAUUUCACCCAGAAUUAAAAAGAAAAAAAAAGUUUUAAAAAGGAUUAAUGGAGCAUGUUUUUGGGACCAUUAUUAUCAUCAUCAUUAUUAUUAUUAAUAUUAUUAUUAAUAUUACAGUUUCAAUUAGUUUUAAACAUUUUUUUUUCAAUUUAUGACAAUUAAGCACAUUUUCUCUAUUCAUAUUACUUUUAAGACUCCUGAUUAUAUUAUUAUUGCCAUUAUAAUAAUAGUAAUUAUUAUUAUUAUAUAUUUUUUUUUUAUCUUACAGUUUCAAUUAUUUUUGAUGACAAUUAGGCAUAUUUGACCUCCUAUUCAUAUUACUUUAAGACUCCUAAUUAUAUUAUUAUUGCCAUUAUAUUAAUAGUAAUAAUUAUUAUUAUUAUUAUUAUUAAUUUUAGUUUCAGUUAUUUUUUUGAUGACAAUUAAGCACGUUUUCCCACCUAUUCAUAUUGUUUAAGACUCCUGAUUAUAUUAUUAUUGGCAUAAUAAUAAUAAUAAUAAUAAUUAUUAUUAUUAUUAUUAUUAUUAUUAUUUAAUAUUAUUUUCAGUUAUAUUUUUUCAUGACAAUUAAGCAAAGUUCCCCUCCUAUUCAUAUAACUGUAAGAUUCCUGUUUAUAUUGUUAUUAUUAUUAUUACAGUAAUAAGACAAUAAUCUUAAUAAUAAUAAUAAUUAUUAUUAUUAUUAUUAUUAUAUUUUCAAUUAUAUUUUUUCUUGACAAUUAAGCACAUUUUCCCUCCUAUUUGUAGAACUGUAAGAUUCCUGUUUAAAUUAUUUUUUAUUAUUACAAUAAUUAUAAUAUUUAUAAUAAUAAUAAUUAUUAUUAUUAUUAGCAUUAGCAUUAUUAUUGUUAAUAAUAAUAUUAUUACUAUUAUUAUGGUCACGUCCAGAAGCCAGAAUUUCAGGGGAAAAUGUGUUUAAUUGUCAUGGAAAAAAAUUAUUAUUAUUAUUAUUAUUAUUACAAUGUUCCCCUUCAGUUUUCUUUAAAUUCACAUUACUAUAUCUUUAUUUUUUACUUUCACAAUUUUUGUUAUUUAGGAUUAUCUUUACUAGAUUCUUAUUACAUGAAUACAGUAUUUUCCUGUAUUAUAUUCAAAGUAAAAAAAUAAUACUUAUUUUUUUUUAACCACAUUUAGGCAGUACAACCAAUGUUACAAUGCUAAUAUUUUUUAUAUAUAAUUAGAAAUGAAUUUAAAUAUUAUAUCAUAGUUUUUUUCUCAUUUCUAUAGAGUUGUUUUUUUUUUUGUUUUGUUUUUUUUUUCUGAAUUUGAGAUAAAAAUGUGUGUAAUUGUCACAAUGCAGGCCAAAAUACAGGUUUCAUUUCUUUAGGCAAAAUCUAUCUAGCCUUUCUUUAAUCUUCGGGUGAAAUGUGCCAAGAUCUCUACAUGUUUUGUGAGAUUUAAUGCCGUUCUGACAGCCAAUCAGCGUCCUGUUCUGUGGUCACAUGUUCUGUAUCAUGGGUAAUGUUACAACAAAUGGCGAUACUUGAUUUUAACGGAAGGCCACGUGUGGCAAAUGAGGGCUUUAUAUGUUUGAACGCACGUGGGAAGCAUCUUUUAAUUUAUUUAUGUCGCGUUUUAGUAAAGAAGCACAAGAGAAGCUGCUGAAUGAGAGCUGAUCUGCAAAGACUCAAAGGAAUGUUUUCACCUGUCUGGAUGUGAUCAGCAGGUUGAUCAUGUGUGUUGGACUAUCUGUGCACUGAGCGUCUCAUGUGUGUGUUUUUGUGUCGGUCAGUGUCUCCCUCUGUUGGUGUGUGUCGGUCUGAUCAUGUGACGUCACACACAUACACACAAACACACGUUCUGUCUUUCUUUUGUAAAUUGUACAGCGCUGUUCCCCUCUGCACAAUCCCAUCUCAAGUACUCGCUGUAAUUAUACAGAUUUCUGUCAGCCAGGAUUAUAAUAUGUAGAAUAUUUUAUUGAUUCUUGGACAAAAAAAAUGUAUAAAAGUUUAAAAUCUGUACGGUUCCUUUGCAAUCUCAGGUUCUGUUGGACCAAAUGACAAAUAAAGUUUUUGUUUUGUUUCA